AUGCCAAAAAGAUUGAUCAUAAUUUCACAUGGCGUAACUGGUUCUGCAAAUUCAUGUUGGAUUCAAUGGCUUAAGAACCUGUUAGCAAAUGAGACUACUGAAGUUGUUACUCCAUCAUAUCCAAAUUCUGAUGAUCCUGAAUAUCCUGUAUGGAAAGAUUGCUUCAAUGAGAUUUUAUUAAAUAAUGAAUAUGAAGAGUUGUUCGUUAUUGGACACUCUCUUGGUGGAUUCUUUACGUUGAAAUUAUUGGGUGAUUUUCUAUUUGAGAAUCCAAAACUGAAAGGUGUUGUACUUGUUGCUCCAACAUCGAUUAAACGUCCUGAAAGAAGAAGAUUUUAUACUGAAGCAAUCAAUUGGGAAAAUGUCCGUAAAGUUAACUGCCCAAUCAAUCUUUUAUUCAGUGAUGACGAUCCUAAAAUAUCAGUUGAUCAUAUUAAGCUUAUCUUAUCAGAACUCAAAGAUAAACAAAAUCUUGAAUAUAGAAAUUACCAAAAUCUCGGCCAUUUCAUAGUUACAGAGUCACAUGAAGUCCUUGAUGCUGCAAAAAGCAUACUAAAUUAA